AUGGCACGCACCCUCAUCGUCUUUGGAGCCGGUCCCGGCAUCGGUGACCACACUGCUGCACAAUUUGCUUCCAAAGGCAUCGAUCGCGUUGUCCCUCUUGCUCGCAACACACAACGACUUCAGAAUGAGGAUGUGCUCUUUGUAUCGAAACGCAAUCCUGCCGUCAAAGUCGAUACUCUGCGCAUCGAUCUCGCAGACCUCAAGUCCAUUCCCGACGUACUUCAGGAGCUUGACAGUAUGACCGACGGUGAAGACGUCGAAGUUAUCUUCUUCAAUGCCGCACGCAUCAAACCAAGUGAAGUCCUAGGUGUCAGUAUCGAGGAAAUAGACGACGACUUCAAGACAACCAAUUUGUCUCUAUAUGUUAUUGCGCAGCAUUACAUCCCCAAGCUUCAGGCGCUCGCCAAGUGCAACACCUCUCUCAAACCCGCUCUCCUCGUCACAAACAGUCAUCUGCCCUGGGACCCCAUUCCACCGCUUCUGUCGCUGAGUCUGGUCAAAGCAGCCCAGAAAAACAUGGUAGAAAGUUUUUACCGCGCAUUCGGUGACAGUGGCGUGCAUAUUGGCCUGAUCCACGUCGGGGGCCAAGUAGCACCUCAAAACAAAGUCUUGAACCCGGCAACCAUUGCCGAGAGAACCGUGGCGUUUUGGGAGAGUGGAAAGGGCGUGGCUGUGAAUAUCAACGAGGGCUGAUGGUAUGUUUAACAGGAGCGGGGUCAGACCUGGUGGGACGUCAUAACUGCCGUGCGAUGGAGGCGGAUUUGUCCUUUGUUGUGACAUGCCAGUUUCAGAUAAACAAGAUGG